AUGUGUUUGGGGAGGAGUGACUGCAAUUAUGCAGAGGCUCAUAGAGACUAUGAAGUGCGUUUCGCAGUUCCGCGUGGUACCAUGGUGCCGUCAGAGCGUGCGGUUCAACGUCUUCACAAUCGUAUGUACACCACGAGCAGUGUUCACGGCUACGAAACGCAUCAUGCUGAUACAAGGACACCGCGUAUCGACAUGGAUAUUGAAGAGCAAGUGCUUGUGUUAUUCAAUGAGGACCCCACCCGAAGUACUCGUUCUGUGGCACGACAACUGGGCGCUUACCACGUUCAGGUGUGGGAAGUGUUAAAAGAAGAUGGCGAGCAUCCUUUCCACUACCGUCCUGUCCAAGCUUUACUACCCAGUGAUUAUGAACCCAGAGUGGAAUAUUGUGCAUGGAUUUUAAGGAAAAUUGAAGAGGACGCUGAAUUUUUAAAAAGCGUUAUUUUCACCAAUGAAUGUUCUUUUCAUAGAACAGGCGUCUUUAACAGCCGGAAUGAA